CGCGGCCUGUGGUUGCGAGUUGUCGGAAUCGGUGUUUCACUCUUAAGGUUCCCCGACAGCCGGUGGCGGCGCGGGUCUGGGCCUGGGCCAGGGUUCGUUCCAGGACCGGGCGGGUUUGUACCCGCGCGGCGGGCUCCGCCGGCUGCUGUGGGGCCCCGGCUCCCCGCUGGGUGGCUGGGGCUUUGGGGACCGUCCCCUGAGGGCCGUCCCGCGUCGAACCUCCAGGACCGCGCGUCCCGAGGCUCGUGGAAGAGAAGACUCGAAAAUAGGGCCGGUCGCUCGCGCUGCUUGAGGACCAGGCUUUUUCACCGCGAGGGUCUCCCGAUCUGCGCUCCAGCCGCGAGAGAGGCCUUGGUUCCGCGCUUUACGGAGGACGAAACUCGGGCCGGGAAAGUUGACUGAAAACUGGAAGUUAAUGAAGUUUGAAUGUUAAUCUACCUCCUGUUGACGUCCCAAGUGACUCUGGCCACUGCUGCUAAGAGCCAUCUCCACCAGAGACCUGGUCAGACAUGGAUGAACAAGGAGCAUCAUCUUGCAGACAGACAGUUUGUGUUCAAAGAACCCCAGCAAGUAGUACGCAGAGCUCCAGAGCCACGAGUAAUUGACAAAGAGGGUGUGUAUGAAAUCAGCAUGUCACCCACAGGCAUAUCUAGGGUGUGUUUGUAUCCUGGCUUUAUUAACUUAAAAGAAGCUGACUGGGUAUUGGAACAGCUUUGUGAGGUCGUUCCCUGGAAACAGAGGACUGGCAUCAGAGACGAUGUAACUUACAAGCAACCAAGACUUACAGCAUGGUAUGGAGAACUUCCUUACACUUAUUCAAGAAUCACUAUGGAACCAAAUCCUCACUGGCAUCCUGUGCUGCGCACACUGAAGGACCAAAUCGAAGAAAACACUGGCCACACCUUCAACUCCUUGCUCUGCAAUCUGUACCGAAACGAGAAGGACAGUGUCGACUGGCACAGUGACGAUGAACCUUCGCUAGGGAGAUGCCCCGUCAUCGCUUCACUGAGCUUCGGCGCCACACGCACUUUUGAGAUGAGAAGGAAACCCCCGCCAGAAGAGAACGGAGACUACACGUAUGUGGAAAGAGUGAAGAUACCCUUGGGUCAUGGGACCUUGUUAAUCAUGGAAGGAGCGACACAAGCUGACUGGCAGCAUCGAGUGCCCAAAGAGUACCACUCUAGAGAACCGAGAAUAAACCUGACCUUUCGGACAGUUUAUCCAGACCCUGGAGGGGCGCACUGGUGAUAUGAGAGCUUUGAGAGAGAAACUGUGCUGAGACCGAACAAAUCCUCCGCCGUGAAGAAACUUCCAGAGGCUGGUCCAGCUGAUCUCGCAGGGAGGCUGUUCAGAAGACAAGGGUGGGAUUUGCUUCCUGGCUUCGGAGUCCUAUUAAAUGAGAGCCAGCGGGUCACAUUUAUACUGUGUUUACUGUGGGAACAGUACCCCUAAUCACAUCUGAAAAUCACAGAGCUUCUUUAGGCAAAUUAAAAACUGCUGUGGCUGUACUCUC